CUUCUCCUUUCCUCUCGUUUGGGCUUUUUUGCUGCCGUGGUUCUCUUGCUGUACUAUUCCUCCAUACAUCCUGCCAAAAUGGCCCCCCUUCGAGUCCCAAGGCUACUAUUACAGCAGCAACCUCGUCGGCUGUACUCAGGUGUCCCUUCCUCUGCUUCACGACUCAACCUACCGAUCGACUACAAAUCCACGCCAAUCCUUCAUCACACCUCGUCGUCCCUUUCCGAUGCCCUUGACCUCCCUAGCUCGACGACAACCAAGACCUUGAACCUCUACCAAGCCAUCAAUUCCGCCCUCCGAACCGCCCUUGCCUCGUCGAACAAGGUGAUGCUCUUUGGAGAGGAUGUCGCAUUCGGCGGUGUGUUUCGAUGCUCAAUGGAUCUACAAACGGAGUUUGGGUCGGAGAGAGUCUUCAAUACACCGUUGACAGAACAGGGGAUUGUGGGAUUUGCCAUUGGAGCCGCAGCACAGGGAAUGAAACCCGUCGCGGAGAUCCAGUUCGCCGAUUACGUGUUCCCGGCAUUUGACCAGAUUGUCAAUGAAGCUGCGAAAUUUCGGUAUCGUGAGGGUGGUACAGGAGUAAAUGCAGGUGGAAUGGUGGUAAGAAUGCCAUGUGGGGCGGUCGGACAUGGUGCUCUGUAUCAUACGCAAUCCCCGGAAUCACUGUUUGCUCAUGUCCCGGGUGUACAUGUCGUCAUGCCACGAUCACCAUCACAAGCCAAGGGGCUUCUCCUCUCAUCGAUCUUUGAACACAACGACCCGGUCAUCUUCAUGGAACCGAAGGUGCUCUAUCGAGCAGCGGUGGAGCAGGUUCCGAAUGAAUACUAUACUAUUCCCCUGGGCAAGGCGGAGAUCCUAAAGCCCGGUAACGACGUCACAGUCAUCUCAUAUGGUCAGCCGUUGUAUCUCUGCUCGGCUGCCAUCGCUGCUGCCGAAAAGGCCCUUGGCGCUAGCAUUGAGUUGAUCGACCUGCGAACAAUAUACCCGUGGGACCGAGAGACAGUCUUGGAAAGUGUAAAGAAAACCGGUCGGGCGAUCGUGGUUCAUGAAAGCAUGAUCAACUACGGAGUGGGCGCCGAGGUGGCUGCUACCAUCCAAGACGGAGCCUUUCUGCGGCUCGAGGCCCCGGUAAAGCGAGUCGCGGGAUGGAGUACGCAUACGGGUCUCUCCUACGAGAAGUUCAUCCUGCCAGAUGUCGCAAGAAUAUACGAUGCCAUCAAGCAAACGCUCGAUUACUGAGGCCGUCCAUGUAACGCGCUGGUCCGACCGAGGAUGUAUAUAGAUAGAAUUUGCCGACGAGAGUCAGGCUAGAAAAUAUGACGAAUUUUCC